UGGCACCUGUUGAAACUGAAUACUAUGAUCUGGUCGGGGUCCCGACGGAUGCUGAUGAUACCACGUUGAAGAAAGCGUACCGGAGACAAGCUAUGAAGGAUCAUCCGGACAAGAACCCCUCAGCUGAUGCAGAAGAGAAAUUCAAGGACAUUAGGAAAGCAUACCAAGUGCUUUCCGAUCCUGAUUUGCGUGCUGUAUAUGAUAAGAAUGGCAAGAAAAUGGUUGAUAAAGAAGGCCCGGUAAACAUGGAGGACGCUGCAGGCUUCUUCGCAAACGUGUUCGGAGGGGAAAGGUUCCACGAUUAUGUCGGCGAAAUCUCAAUUAUGAAGGACAUGACAUCGGUGGCUGCAACUAUGAUGACGGAGGAAGAGAAGGCAGAGGUUGAAAGGCAGAUGAACAGCGGUCGUACAGAAUCUGGAUCAGCUACACCUGCUGUUGCGGCCGAGCCGCACCGACCAGCAGAACCUAAACCAGCCACGACGACCGAGGCUGCGCCAGAGACGACUAAGGUCGAUGCACCAGCAGCUGCAGCGUUCUCCGCUGCGGAACCCACUGUCCCGAAGCCUACCUCUUUGAAUGAGAAUGACGGUGCCGCGCAGCCUGCGGUAACUCUUUCACCUGCAGACAAGGAGCGCGAAAGGCUGGAGGCCGCAAAGCGCAAAGCAGAGCAGCGCGAGAAGUUGAGGGAACACGACAAGGCCCGUCGGAAGGCGAUGGAAGAGCGCGUAUCGACGCUGACGAAGAAGAUGAUCGAGCGGUUGAGACCGUUCGUCGAGGCGAAGGAUCCAGGAGGCAAGGAUGACCCCGAGUCGAAUGCAUUUGCUGAAAGGAUGAGGCGGGAAGUAGAAGACCUAAAGCUGGAAAGCUUUGGAGUUGAGGUCCUUCAUACAAUCGGCAGUGUAUACAUGAUGAAAGCCUCUUCCUUCAUGAAGUCGCGCAAGUUCUUGGGCAUGCCGGGUUUCUUCUCGAGACUAAAGGAGAAGGGCUCUCUGGCGAAGGACGUUUGGGGUGUUAUUGGCAGCGCGUUGAGUGUGCGUGAUAUGAUGCUGGAGAUGGAAAAGGCUCAGGCCAAAGGCGAGCUGGGUGAAGAGCAGCUCCGAGCUCUAGAGAUGGACGUUACUGGCAAGGUCAUGCUUGCCUCAUGGCGCGGUGCCCGACUAGAAGUCAUCCAAGUGCUACGAGAAGUCGUAGAAAACGUCUUGAAGGAGCCAGGUCAACCCGAGGCCGUCUUGAUCAGCAGAGCCAAGGCCCUGCUGAUCACUGGUGCUAUCUUCAAAUCCGCCGUACCAGAUGAAACUGACGAGGAGCGACGGGAGCUCGAGAGGAUGGUGCAUGAGGCAGCGCAACCGAAGUCGAAGCAGAGCGCGACGAAGGCAGCCAAAGCGAGACGUGAAGAGAUGCUGAAGGCUCAGGCUGCGGCAGCUGCCGCUUCUGCUUCUGGUUCUACGACAGAUGGGACCGCUAAAGCAUAGA